AUUAUACAAAUGAAUAGUUUGCCUGUUAAUUGAAUUUAUUAGUUCUAGGUCGAUAGAAUGGGUCUCACUUUGAUUUUUUGUAUCCUGAUGUGUCUCUUCGGAUCAUAUAAUUCCAAAACCUUGCCAAGUCACUUUCCGCGAUGCCACAGAUUCGACAAAAACCUGGAACAAUGCUUACUGGACGCCACUGAAACAUUGAAAUCCACUAUCGGAGAGGGAGUUCCUUCCCUUCGGUUGCCUAGAUUUGAACCAUUCUUCUUGAAGGAAAUUACUGUAGAUCAGGGCACUAAAGCAGUAAAUUUCAAAGCCAUUUUAGAGGAUAUUUUGAUUCAUAACCUCACCACCUACAAUUUUACGAGAUUUCAUUUUGAUGUACCCAAUUUGGAAAUAUUUGGAGAAUGCUCAUUCAAAGAGUUGAGAUUAGAAGGAAAAUACUCCGUUCAUGGAAAAAUUUUGGUGGUGCCUAUAGAAGGAGUUGGAAACCUCACUGUUUCUCUAGAUGAUUGCUCAGCAAAAUUGUAUCAGAAGUUCAAAAUUCAGAAAAGGAAGGGAUCGGAAUAUCUCGUUCCAAUUUCUACGAAUGGAUCUUUGACUGUAGGUGCUACUAGAGCUCAAUUGGAUGGACUCUUCGGUGGAAAUGAGAAACUUGGUAACUUCACGAAUAAUUUCAUCAACGAGAAUAUGGAUGAGCUAAUCAAAGAGAUGCAACCAGUUCUAAACCGUGUGAUCAGUACAAUCGUGGAAAAUUUGGUGUUCAAAAUAGUUUCCAACCAUAUUUCCUACGAUGAGUUGUUCCCAAAGUGAGGUCCUAAAGCAUUUGUAAGCAAUAUGUUACUGUUUAGCAAUAAUAUGAUUGUUAGUAUUUAUUUGUGAUUAUUUGUAUUGUAAUAUAAGGCUGGAAGGGUCCUGAAAAUGA